AUGACUGAUAAUAUCAAUUCAUGUGAUUUGCAAGCGUCGGAUCUUAAUGAUAAUCAACCACCAUCAAUACAAUCCGGUGAACUUUAUCACACAAGUAUACCCGGUUCAAUUCUUCUUCCCAUGGCAACUAAAUGUCCAACAGAAAUUUUUUCUUUACUUCGUCAUGGAAAACUUGAUGUAUUUCGUCAAUCAGUAGAUAUUUAUCAUCAAGAUAUUAUAAAAAUGAAAAAUGAACAUGGACAAACUGUAUUACACUUUUUCACAAUACACGCUUUUCCACAUUUAUGGGUGCGUUUGUUAUUGAUGCGUGGAUGUGAUCCAUGUUGUCAAGAUAAUGAUGGACAUACAGCAGUACAUUAUGCAGUAGAAAGAGAUGAUGUUGAAAUGUUGAAAGCAUUAACAUUACGAUUCGGUUCUCAAAUUAAAUUAUUCCCAGAAGAAGCGGUAAAAGCAAUUCAUGAACGCUGUUUAAAAGCUUUGUCAGUACGGGACAAACAUGGUUUAACUCCUUUCAUGAUAUCAUGUCAAUAUGAAUCUAUAAAAUGUUUUAAUUAUUUAAUUCAAUUGAAAAUUAAUGAUGCAAAUUUAAAAGAUAAUUAUGGUGAUACAUGUUUAUAUUAUGCUGUUGCUCGUCGAAAUGAAAUGUUCGUAGAUAAAUUAAUAAAAGAAUGCAAUGCUGAUGUAAAUGACGGUGAUAAAAAUCGACCAAGUAUUCUUGAUGUAUUACAAUUUAAUCGAGAACAACAAAAACCAUUUGAUAGAACAAAGGAUGAUUCAAUCGAGCAAAUACUUCUAGCAAAUAAUGCUGUUAAUCGUCGUCGAAUACGACGUACUUUUAGUAAACGUCAAAUGUCAGUGGAUAAUGAUGAAUCGACUAUAUCCAACUUAGCUUGUCUUUCAGUUGAUUCCAUAGCAGAUCCAUCUAUAGAAACAGCAAGAAACUAUGCUCGACUUGCAUUAUCAUAUGAAACUAAACGUGAUAUUAAUAAUGCUCAUGAAUCCUAUAAACUUGCCAUGAAUUCUGUACCAAAUAAUAUACUCGAUUGGGCUGAUUAUGCAGUUCCUGUAGCUACAACACAUUUAGUUCGUGGUGAAAAUCAAUUAGCAAUUGAUUUAUUACAACAAGCAUUAGCGUUAAGACAACGAUUUGAAAAAGAUACUGAACAAAUCUCUCGUAUCAAAAAUUUACUUGCAAAAUAUUCCAAAACUGAUUAA